GGGGCGCGUGGAGUCCUGGGAGGAGUUGAUGGCCGUGCGCAGGGGGGUGAUGGUGCCCUCGGCGCACGGCUGUGACAGCAGGGUGGGGGUCGGUGCAUUAAUUUGUUUCCUGUCCUCUGAUGUUUUGUCACUUGUUUUUAGUUAAUGCUGAAAACCCACCUAUGGCUGUGGUUGGGAAAUUUGUUCACUUGCUCGCGGACCCAGAUUUUCAGGAGGAGCUGGAGCUAAUGAAACUGUGUGAGGAAGUUGUGACCUUGUUCCGAUCUAAUCAACAGCUUGAAAAUGACCUCAAUCUCAUGGACAUCAAGAUUGGACUGCUAGUGAAGAACAGAAUGACACUGCAGGAUGUUGUUUCUCAUAGCAAAAAUCUUAGCAGGAAGAACAAGGAACAGCUCUGUGACGUGAUGACGAUGAACGAGCAAAAGGGGGAUUUGAAAGCUUGGAGCAAAGAGGAGAGAGAAAAGCUGGAAGCCUAUCAGCAUCUUUUCUACUUGAGGUAUACUACUCCAACGUACUUGGCCAAGCUGCUUUUGCAGAUGCCUCAAAACAAACCCACAAAGUUCAUGGAUUCAGCCAUCUUCACGCUGCAUAACUACGCAUCCAGUCAGAGAGAGGAAUCUCUGCUGUUGAGGCUGUUGCAAACAGCGUUGCAGGAAGAGAUCAAGUACGUUGAAGACCAAAUACAUAUAAUGUUGGAGGCAAACUCCCUUUGUUUCCUCUGUAUUUUUGAGAUGCGCUCUUUCAACCGUGGUGCCCGUGGUCAGAACGCACUGAGGCAGAUCUUGGCCCCAGUUGUGAAGGAAAUAAUUGAGGACGAAUCGCUCAACGUCAGAACGGAUCCAGUGGAUAUUUACAAGUCCUGGGUUAACCAGAUGGGAUGUCAGAAUGGUGAGGCCGGCAAGUUGCCGUACGAUGUUACACCUGAACAAGCUCUUCAUCAUGGUGAGGUGAGGACGCACCUGGAUGCCUCAAUCUGAGAUGUGAAGGCAGUGACAGACAAGUUCCUGUCUGCCAUCGUUGUUCAGCUGACCAAAUCCCAUAAUUAUGGGAUGCGUUUCAUCGCCAAGGUACUGAAAGACUCCCGGCAUGACAAGUUUCCUGAUGCUGGCGAGGAUGAGCUUCUGAAGAUUGUUGGCAACUUACUCUAUUACCGCUACAUGAAUCCAGCCAUUGUUGCACCGGAUGCAUUUGACAUAAUUGAUCUUUCAGCUGGAGGGCAGCUGACUACAGAUCAACGAAGAAACCUUGGUUCUAUUGCAAAGAUGCUGCAGCACGCUGCGUCCAAUAAGAUGUUCAUGGGAGACAAUGCGCAUCUGAGCAUCAUUAAUGAAUACUUGUCACAGUCAUACCAGAAAUUCAGACGCUUUUUUCAGGUUGCUUGUGAGGUUCCUGAAUUGCAGGAUAAAUUCAAUAUUGAUGAAUAUUCUGACUUGGUGACUCUCACUAAACCAGUUAUUUAUAUUUCUAUUGGUGAAACCAUCAAUACACACACUCUGCUCUUAGACCAUCAAGAUGCAAUUGCUCCUGAGCAUAAUGAUCCAAUUCAUGAAUUGCUGGAUGACCUUGGAGAAGUUCCUUCAAUUGAGUCCUUAAUAGGCGAAGGGUCUGGCAACAUUAAUGACCCAAACAGGGAGAUGCUGACAAAGACAGAGGUUUCUCUCACACUCACUAAUAAAUUUGAUGUUCCUGGAGAUGAAAAUGUGGAGAUGGAUGCUAGGACAAUUCUGCUGAACACCAAACGCUUAAUUGUUGAUGUGAUCCGCUUCCAACCUGGGGAGACGCUGACUGAAAUCUUGGACACUUCAGCUACUUCGGAGCAAGAAGCAGAGCAUCAAAGAGCUAUGCAGAAACGGGCCAUUCGUGAUGCUAAAACUCCUGAUAAGAUGAAAAAAUCUGUGUCUGUAAAGGAAGAUGGCAACUUAAAUCUUCAGGGUAAAAAAGAGAAAAUCAAGACAGGCCUGAAGAAGCUGACAGAACUAGGGGUAGUGAAUGCAAAAAAUAAAUACCAGGAGCUAAUCAAUGAUAUUGCAAAGGAUAUCCGAAAUCAGCGCAGAUACCGUCAGAGAAGAAAGGCAGAGCUGGUGAAGCUGCAGCAGACAUACAGUGCCUUGAACUCCAAAGCUACCUUUUAUGGGGAACAAGUUGAUUACUACAAAAGCUACAUCAAAACCUGCUUGGAUAACCUGGCCAGCAAGGGCAAAGUCUCUAAGAAGCCUCGAGAGAUAAAAGGCAAAAACAGUAAAAAGAUUUCUCUAAAAUACACUGCAGCUCGACUUCAUGAGAAGGGAGUGCUUUUAGAGAUUGAGGACCUGCAAGUUAACCAAUUUAAAAAUGUAAUAUUUGAAAUCAGUCCAACAGAAGAAGUAGGAGAUUUUGAGGUAAAAGCAAAAUUCACGGGGGUACAGAUGGAAACCUUUAUGUUACAUUAUCAGGAUCUUCUGCAGCUGCAGUAUGAAGGUGUUGCAGUUAUGAAGUUAUUUGACCGAGCAAAAGUAAACGUUAAUCUUCUGAUCUUCCUUCUGAACAAGAAGUUUUAUGGGAAGUAACUGACCUUUGCUGGCAAAUCUGUGAGAGGGGAGAUGAAUAGAAGCCUUGCAUAUGUGACUUCUAAUGACUUUGCUGUGCAUCACUAUGUGCCCGUGCCUUGCUGAAAUAUAUCAAGUCUGUUACAAUUAAGGCCUAAGAACUUCUUGUGAAUUGACAGUGCUGACUGACGCUGCAGGGAGCUGCUUUCUUGUACCUUUAUGAUGUUUAUGUUCAACUUGAUGUAAUAAUUUACAGAUGGCCUCUUGCGUAGAGGUGCUGCAGUAUCCAUUUAACGCUUAAGGAUGGGGAGUGAAACAGACAAAUUCUUGGCAAGUUAGCUUUUGAUGUUGCUUGCAAAGGUUUUGAAGGGUAAAACUAAGUUCUUUUCUCCCCAGUUUUAGAUCAAUGUUUCAUAUAUCUUUACCAGAUUCAAUAAACGUUAGGCUCUACUUUUGCAGACUUACCAAAAGAAGACAAUUAUCUUAAAUAGGUUGGCUUUUUAAAAGUUUAAUUUUUCUAGCUCUGUCAAACCCCUCAUUUCCUCAUCUGUAGUGGAUUUUUCACCGUGGUGAUUGUGCUGCUGUUCUGCUAUAUCCAGUAAAAAUGCAGAGACUCUUGAAUAAAUCCCACCAAAAAUUGUUUGCCCUGCCCCCUCCUUUUUUUUUUUUUUUUUUUUUUUUUUUUUUAAGAAACAUCGCUAAUUACAAAUGUCAUUUUUGCAGGUUUUUUUUGUUUAGAUUACUGUGUUGUAGAACUGCCUUAUCUCUGAGCUCACACACCGUAUUGCUAUUGCUCCAUUGGCAUAGAUUUUUUGCUAAUGAGAGCCACUCACAGAAUUGGAGUUGGGUGCAUCCUUGAGAUGAGUUUUCCGUAGUCCUUUAGUAAGUAUCUGCUGGUGUCUGGUCUGCAUGAAAUGCUUGUUACUGGCAUGCACCAACAUUACAGCAUCACCUGGUAAGAUAUUUCUGUAUUUUAUAACAAGAUAUUUUAAUGUUGGUGCAUGCCAAUAAAAUAAUAUUUUAAUGUUUGUCCAGCACAAUGCAUUAACAGAAAUUCCUUUUCAUACCAUACCAACCAAAAAAGAUAUGUGCGGUGUAGGUCAUCUGAAAGAGAGUGACCUCAGAACUAGAUUUUCACUAAUAUCUGAAGAAGUGAUGUGAAAUGAGUUAAAGAUCUUGCCUUGAUUUUUUUAGUUCUAUCUAGCUACAUGCGAAUUUGCUGUAUCAUAGAGGGACUUGAGAAUUGUAUUACUUUGAUUUGGGAGUGAUGAGAAUAACGGUAGAAAAUUCUUAAAUAUUGUUAACAAAAUGCAGCUGUACUCUGCAGGCUCUUGAGCUACAGAGAUGAAUCCCCUCUCUCCCUUUUAAUUUUUUUUUAAUUGAAAGCUUUUAAUAUUUUUCAGCGUCUGGCAGUCUUUAAACCACAACCCAGGUGGGAUCAGGGAAAAUGCAGUGAGGUGUUAGCGGUGAUUGUACACUGCUCAAGGAAAAUAUGCUUACCAGGUGAUUUACAAUAAUUGUUACCUAUGCUUAAUGACAAAAAUUUUUGACAAAAAUUGAAAACAAACAAAAAACAAGAGAAUUAACUGGAGGAGUUUGUUCAGAGACAGAGCUUUUUUUUUUUUUUUUUUUUUUUUAAGGGAAAAACUGUUAAUAAAGACAGUCUCAGCAGUGAAUUAUAUGUAUUCUAUAAUUUAUUGGUGACUUAGCUUUGCUUAUUUCCUGUACACCACUGUAUUUACAAUUGGAGCAGCUAUAAGUAGAAGGCAUGUCUUUCCUUGUUAGUAAAGUUUGCCUCUGUAACUCACAUAUAAGUAAAAAGCCAUUUGUGUC